AAGCCCCCGGGCCGAGCGCGGAGCUCCGUGCCGCCCCCGCCCAGCCGCCCCCCGUGCUCAGAUGUGUUGGCUGGAGUGCUGAAUGAGCAGGAGGCACUUAGCUCCUGUUUCACCCUGCAGAAAGCCGAGUGCUGUUCUCAGUAAGAAUGGAGGUGGACAUCAGUGGGUUUUGGUUAGGUGUGUGGUGAGGUGAGAGCUGUUGAGCAAUGGCAUUCAAGAAGGUUUGGUGUGCCCUAGCCCUGGGAUUUCUGCUGCCUUUCUCUUGUGCCCACACGGACUUCUUCACUUCCAUUGGUCAUAUGACAGACUUAAUUAAUACAGAAAAAGAUCUGGUUGUGUCACUCAAAGAUUACAUUAAGGCAGAGGAAAGCAAGCUGGAGCAGAUCAAAAAAUGGGCAGAGAAGCUGGAUCAGCUGACAGCUACUGCCACAAAAGACCCAGAGGGGUUUUUGGGCCAUCCUGUGAAUGCAUUCAAGUUGAUGAAAAGGCUCAACACAGAGUGGGGUGAGCUGGAGAGCCUGGUGCUCAAGGACAUGUCAGAUGGCUUUAUCUCCAACAUGACAAUCCAGAGGCAGUUCUUCCCAAAUGAUGAGGAUCAGACUGGGGCAGCCAAGGCCCUCCUGAGGCUGCAGGACACCUACAACCUGGACACAGACACCCUCUCCAGGGGGAACCUGCCAGGUGUGAAGCACAAAUCCUUCCUGACAGCUGAAGAUUGCUUUGAGCUGGGCAAGAUUGCCUACACAGAGGCUGACUACUACCACACAGAGCUGUGGAUGGAGCAAGCCCUGAAGCAGCUGGAUGAGGGAGAAGUGUCCUCUGCAGACAAAGUCUACAUCCUGGACUACCUGAGCUAUGCUGUGUACCAGCAGGGGGACCUGGGCAAGGCCAUGGCACUCACCAGGCGCCUCCUGGAGCUGGAUCCUGAACAUCAAAGAGCAAAUGGGAACAUGAAAUACUUUGAGUACAUCAUGGCUAAAGAAAAGGAAGCCAACAAGUCCAGCACAGAUUCAGAAGAGCAGCAGGAGAAGGAAACUGAGGUUAAGAAAAAGGAUUACCUGCCUGAGAGAAGGAAGUACGAAAUGCUGUGCCGUGGGGAGGGGCUCAAAAUGACUCCCCGCAGACAGAAGAGGCUCUUCUGCCGCUACUACGACGGGAACAGGAACCCCAGGUACAUCCUGGGCCCUGUCAAGCAGGAGGACGAGUGGGACAAGCCCCGCAUCGUUCGCUUCCUGGACAUCAUCUCCGACGAGGAGAUCGAGACCGUGAAGGAGCUGGCCAAGCCCAGGCUGAGGCGAGCCACCAUUUCAAACCCCAUAACGGGAGCCUUGGAGACGGCACAUUACAGAAUUAGCAAAAGCGCCUGGCUCUCGGGCUACGAGAGCCCGGUGGUGUCCCGCAUCAACACCAGGAUCCAGGACCUCACAGGGCUGGAUGUCUCCACUGCAGAGGAGCUGCAGGUGGCAAAUUAUGGAGUGGGAGGACAGUAUGAGCCCCACUUUGACUUUGCACGGAAAGAUGAGCCAGAUGCUUUUAAAGAAUUGGGAACAGGCAACAGAAUUGCUACUUGGUUGUUUUAUAUGAGUGAUGUGUCAGCAGGGGGAGCCACGGUCUUCCCUGAAGUGGGAGCCAGCGUUUGGCCAAGAAAGGGUACAGCUGUGUUCUGGUACAAUCUCUGCUGUGGUACAGAGCACAGGGCUGAGUGUUCCUGCCGUUCCCAGGGUACAGCUGUGCUCUGGUACAAUCUCUUCCCGAGUGGAGAAGGCGAUUACAGCACGCGGCACGCGGCCUGCCCGGUGCUAGUGGGGAAUAAAUGGGUCUCCAAUAAGUGGCUCCACGAGCGGGGGCAGGAGUUCCGCCGGCCGUGCACGUUAUCGGAGCUGGAAUGAGGCAGCCCGGGCUCCUGAGCACUCAGGGGGUGCAGCUGCACACUCCUGCCAGUUUACAACUGACUAACAAACACUCCACUACAGGUUCACCCCACCCAGCUCAGCUGUGGACAGGACAAACGUGCUUUUGGUUCCCUCCAAAUCCCCCCCCAAGGUUUAUCAACAGAAAAUACCGAGGUUGACAAGUGUUACUGAAAAAAAAAAAAAGGACAAAAUACAGAUAAAUACAGAUGAGGGCCACAACUUCCA